AUGUCCUCGAGGCAUCGAAUCGACUUGGAUGAUGAUCGUAAAAGAGACCGAGAUAGAGAGAGGGAUCGCGAUAGGGAUAGAAAAUCUCGUCGUUCUCGCUCACGUUCUCCGAUAAAAAAGGAGUAUGAUCGGUCCAGUUCUUCACCUGCUGUUCAGAACAACAAUGCUGCUGCAGAUGCUAAG